GUGAGAGAGAGAGAGAGAGAGAGAGAGAGAGACGGGCAGAACAACUAUAGCCUGGGGCACCCCUUUGCCAACUUUCAUCAACGUCUUAGCGGGUUUUUUUUGGUGCGGAUAGAGAAGUUGUACGAGCAGAACGGCACUUUUAAACCGCUAACUCAAUCCAUUCAAACUGAAACUCCGUCGUCGGACUGGAGUCUUUGAAGCAUGCCGCCACAGCUACAAGGUCUGUGGUGUUGAGUGACGGGCCGUGUAAAAGAGGACUGUAAAGAGGAAGAACCCAUUGUGGUGUGCGUGUAUGUGUGUGUGAGGCGAGGGCUUGUCCGUCAUGGGUGUGUUGGCCUGGCUGAAGAGCCAGUUCAUCCUGCAGCUCCUCAUCGGUUUUGUGUUUGUGGUCAGCGGCCUCAUCAUCAACUUCAUUCAGCUCUGCACCUGCGUGCUUUGGCCAAUCAACAAGCAGCUCUACCGCAGGAUCAACACCCGCAUGUCCUAUUCACUAUGGAGCCAGUUGGUGAUGCUUUUAGAGUGGUGGUCAGGAACAGAAUGCACGCUCUAUACUGACCAGGCUACAGUGGAUCAGUUUGGAAAAGAGCACGUCAUCAUCAUCCUCAACCACAACUAUGAAAUCGAUUUCCUCUGUGGCUGGACUAUGUGUGAGAGAUACGGCGUGCUGGGGAGUUCCAAGGUGCUGGCAAAACGCGAGCUGUUGAAAGUUCCUCUGGUUGGCUGGACCUGGUACUUCCUGGAGAUCGUGUUCUGCAAGAGAAAGUGGGAGGAGGACAGAGAGACGGUAUUCAAGGGGCUCAACCAACUCAAGGAUUAUCCUGAGUAUAUGUGGUUCCUGCUGUACUGUGAGGGAACACGGUUUACAGAGAAAAAGCACCAGAUCAGCAUGCAGGUGGCUGAAAGUAAAGGUCUCCCCAAACUCAAAUACCACCUACUGCCACGCACCAAGGGCUUCACCACCACACUGCAAUGCCUGAAGGGAACAGUCAAAGCGAUAUACGACGUCACACUGAAUUUUAAAGAUAAGGAGAACCCCACGCUGCUAGGCAUCAUCAGUGGCAAGAAAUACAGAGCCGACAUGAGAGUCCGGCGUUUCCCAGUCGAGGAGAUCCCUGAUGAUGAGAAGGAAUGUGCUGCCUGGCUUCACAAGCUCUAUCAGGAGAAGGAUGAAUUGCAAGAGUUCUAUUUCAAGGAGGGACAUUUCCCAGGACCCACUAUUAAGCCCAAGCGUCGGUUAUGGACCCUGCUCAACUUCCUGUUCUGGGCAACACUGCUGCUCUCUCCACUCAUUAACUUCGCCUGGGACGUCUUCGUCAGCGGCUCACCACUCCUCAUCAUCAGCUUCAUGAUUUUCCUCAUUAUUGCUUCUGUAGCUGUGCGCCGUCUCAUUGGCGUAACGGAGGUGAAGAAAACAGGCUCCAGUUAUGGAAACGCCGAAUCCAAGAAAGAAAACUAGAACUUUCAGCUGGUCUGACUGCCCGCAGCCUCUGUAUCGCUCACUUUCACUGCUAGGGCACGGAAUUGCCCGCCUGUGCAGUCGUUGUCCUUUUUAACAAAGAAAAAAACCAGAAACAACCACCAAUUGGGGAGGGGGGGGGAUUGGGGGGGAUAAUAAUAAAAAUGUCAACAUGGCAUUGAAGCAUGUGGGGUGGGUUGGGGAAUGUAGAUAAAUACAAAUUUAUAAAUUUAGAGUUAAUACUUAUUAAUUAUGAUGAUCAUCAAAACGAACAAAGUGUGAAAGCAUUUGAAAUUAUCAUUUCCCUCGGCAGCCCGGACUCUGACGGUUGACCGAGAGGGGACAUGGCAGCUCCGUCCUCUCCUGCUUAGCUUAGUCUCUCACUAGUUCAAGACCAAGCUCCUGAAAGGUUUCUACAGAGCCAUGUAAUGUGGAAUGUUGCCGUUUCAACCCCAUAGCUGGGUACCGCCCACUUCCAGUCCGUAACCGUUAUAUUACUCCUGUGCACGGCUCUGCAGCUCUCCUACUGUCCAGCUGUUAUCACUCAAGCUGUGAAAUGAUUUGAAGUGAUCAUGUCCAGAUUUUGGUCAAAAGCUUAACUCGAAUUUUACUUACUAAAACCUGGACUGAGGUGUUUUUUGUUUGUUUGUUUGUUUGUUUUUUGAAUACUGAGCAUGUUGUCUGAGGCCAGCAAAAGCACAGGUGCCAACCAAGCCACUACACUGUAGACAGAAGACUCUGGGAUGAGUCGCUGAUUGUGGUUAGAAUAACCGCAGGGUUCACGUUUAAAACACGGGGUCAAGAAGAGAGCAAGAAAUAAAGUGUUCCAGUUUGGUGCCUCGUUAUUCCUUUGAAUCGCCACAUUGUGGGUAACUGAGGAGUCGCUUUCCAUGGCGUUUCAUAUUAAAUCCGCUUGUGUUAAAACCACUUCUGUUAAAGAUAAGGACUGCCUGAAGAAAUGUGACUAAGGAACAGAUUUAGUUGGUGGAUUUUAAAAUGUUGAAUGAUCCAUGUAAUUAAAAGAAUUACACAGACCAUUUUCAACAUUUUGAUGAUUAUUUUAAAGCUAAACUUGAUGACAAUGUGAAGUUGGAUGACGGACAAGUGGACCAAGUUUUUCAGUUCCGCUCGUUUAUUCACUGUGACAAACGGCUUUGUAACACAUGGGAUUGGAAAUCAUCACAGAGUCUGGAUGAUCAACCCCCCCUUUCUUCUUGCUUUUUUUUUUUUUUUUUAAUAUUUUAGCUGUGCAGAGUUGUAAAUAUCAGGAAAUCCUUUUGAGCUCUCUGCAGUACAUUUCCUAUUGGAAUUUAGCAAUAGUAAUGAACCAUUUGGUUCAUUGGUAUUUUGGUGGAGGAAAAUUCAAAUGUUACUUGAUUUAGCUUCAUUUUUCAAACAUUUUUCACAAGUUCUUAGAAUUGUUUAAAGGCUCAUUCUUUAAUUGUUAGACUGUUUACUAUAUAUUUUUUGGCAAUUAUGCGUUUUGAAAUGAAGACUCAACACAGGACUGUACUUAUAGGACACGCGGCUUCAUAGGUUGGCAAGUGGAGUUUGUGUUCCGUUUUGAUAAAUGAGAUGAUCAGAUUUCCACUGGAUUUACCUUUAUUCUACCAGUUAUCUCACUUGCGCAUGGAGAUCCACUUUUAUAUCACCAAGGUCCAUCUGGGCCUUAACAGAAUAAUACUGCAGCUUUCUGUUCGUUUGUGUUCAUAUGGGGGAAAAAAAAAUUUACCACAAACCUGGGUGCAUUUUUGUCAUGCAGGAUUUUAUGUCUAAUGUGUCUGAUUUAUGAUUUUUGGAAAAAAAAUUGUUGUGUGCACUCAGUAAUGCUCAUUUGCACCAAAUUUGGCUUUCAUUGUGCAAAUCCUGCAUGACGUAAACGUUUACUAGUGAGAGGUACAGUAGACCAGUGAGGAUUGUUGUAAUCGUGUUUAUCACUUGACACUGGAGCUAGUGUACAUUGUGGCAAGACUGGGAUUAUUUAUCUACUAAAGUUUAAUAUUUUUUUUGAAAGCACUGAUGUUUUAUUCAGUAGCCUCACAUCCUGGACAUUUAUUCAUGAGGACUGAUUUCAAGUCUGCUGUUUUACCAAAAUAUGCUCUGUGAAUGAUGACCUCAAUGUGAGGCUUGUGCGGAGGAGGAAAAGCACAAGGAGUGUUUCUCACACAGGGAUUUCAAAUAUGUGUGAUAACAUCCUCCUUGAGAUGUUUUGAAGUUUAUGUCAAUGGAGAUUGUGUAGAAAUAAUAAAUUAAUAUAGUAAUUUCAGAAUGUCACAGCAUUUCCCCACUUUGUGUUCUGUACAACCAGAUCAAUUAAAGAAUUCAGUAUGUGAUAGGAA